AUGACCCAAGUCUAUAUCCUUGAUGGAGGCCUGGGCACAUCGCUCGAACAGCACUAUGGCGUAACCUUUUCACAAAGCCGCCCGCUUUGGUCCGGCGAUUUGGUGGUGUCGGACCCCGAGACUCUGCAGCGAUGCCAGCAGGAUUUUGGACAAAUUCCCGUGGAUAUUUUGCUGACUGCUACGUAUCAAACAUCUUUUGAGGGAUUCUCAAAGACUAUGACUUCGGAAUUUCCGCAAGGAAUUCCUGCUGCUGCUGUGCCGCGCUUUGUGAAUAGAGCGGUACAAAUUGCUGAAGAAGCUGCAAUUCCUUCAGUGAAAAUCGCCCUCAGCGUCGGCCCUUAUGGUGCUUGCAUGAUUCCAAGUCAAGAAUAUUCAGGAAAAUAUGAUGUGGAACAUGAUUCAGAGGAUUUACUCUUCCAAUGGCAUUUGCGUCGCUUCCAACUGUUUGCCGAAAUUCCCGAUCUGACCUCUAGGAAACGGUUCCUCGACAAGACGAAAUCGUUGCUUUAA